AUGGCAAUACACUUUGCACUUUUACUCCUGUCAGCUCUUGUAGGUGACACAUUUGCAGAUGAUGUUACUGCCAUCAGAGCUGAAGUGUAUUCAUCUCAGGGCCGCAGCGUCACUCUAUCCUGUAACUAUUCAAUUAAAGCUCAAAGUCUCCAGUGGUAUCGGCAGUAUCCUGGAUCAGCUCCUCAGUUCCUUCUCCUGAUCACAGACACAACAACUCCUGAUGAAGGCAGCACCGUUACUCUGUCAUACAAAUAUUCAGAGAAAGCGGGUGGUAAUGAUUACUUCUUCUGGUAUCGUCAAGAUCCAGGAAAACCACCAGAAUUCCUCCUGUCCAUUGCAGGAUAUCAAGAUUCAGCAGAGUUGCUCAAAUCAGACCCAAGGAUUUCUACUAAACUGUCUGAAGACAAGCGUGGUGUGGAUCUGGAGAUCUCCUCUGCUGCAGUGACACACUCUGCUCUGUACUACUGUGCUAGUCCGAGGUUUUUGCAGGUGUUCAGAGGUCUGAUGGCGGUUGGGUAG